AUGUUGGAGAGGAAAUGCUAUGAGUGUCAAGAGGAUGGACAUGGAUAUCCUACUCUUGAUGAUGAAGAAUCUCCCUCUCCAAAAGAAUCAUCAUCAACCUCCGAUGUUCACAUGUGCCUCAUAGCAAGAGGUACUACCGAGGUAUCAUCUAAUCUUAGUAAUGAUAAUGGUGAGAGUGAUGAUGAAUGUGAUAGGGAUAUGAGUCAAGAAAUAUAUGAAAUUGGUAAUUCUCUUCGUGGAGUAAAUAAGAACACUUAUGAGAUAUUUAAAGAUCUUAUUACUCAUUUUGGAAAGUGUAAUGAUUUACUUCACGAAGAGCAAGAACAAAAUGAUAAACUUGAUUGUAACCUUCUUGAUGCUCUAGAAACUCUUAGAGACUUAGAAUCUUCCAAAGAAGAGAUUGAAGUUGCUCAUGAUAAACUUAAAGAGGAUUUUGAGCACCUUGACCUUGGCUACAAGAAUGUCAAAGGAGAGCUCGCCAAACUCUCUAAGUCUUAUGAGGAACUUCAAGCUACUCAUGAGAACAAUUAUGGGAAAUUAGAAGAAAGUCAUGAAAAGCUCUCGGGCUCUCAUGAUGACCUUCUAAUCUCCCAUGAAAGGCUAAAGUUAGCUCAUGAGGCUAUUGUGACUAAGGGGCCGGACCUCGCUGCCCCCCCGACCCCGGCGCGCCGACGCCGCUCGUCGUCGCCGGCCCCCGCCUCGUCCCUACGCCCCGUCUCCGCCGGCGCCUCCUCGUCUUCUCCCCACGCCGGACCUCCUCGACCUCCUCCCCGACGGCCUCACCAAGCCACGCUGCGCCCCGUCGCAGCUCGCCGUCUUUGGUGCCACCUCGCCGGCGCCGCCUCCCCGCCGGACUGCGUCGUCCUCGCCCCCGUCGUGCCGGACUACCCCGUCCCCGCCUCUCCUUCGCCGGUCCUCCCCGUGCCUCACCGCCCUCUUCUCGUCAAUGGGGUGAGCUCCCCGUCGGGCCCCAUCCAUCUCCCCCUCCGAACGCUGCACCACACGCCGUCCCAUCGCCACGCCCGCCGCGGACCUCUGGCCGUGAACGGCUACGCCCAGCCGUGCCUCCACGCGCGCCCUGGCUGCCCUGUGCGUGCCUUGGCCACGUGCCUCGCCCGCCUGUGCGUCGGCGCUGCCGAGCCCGGACCUGUUCCGACCGAACCCGUCGCCCCUCCCUCACCACGCCGUGCCGCCCCGCUCCGGCCACUGUCGCCGGCGCCGGGCCAUGCGCCGGCCCCCUUCACCCGCUGGCCGCAGCGCCCUGGGCCGGACCUCGCUGCCCCCCCGACCCCGGCGCGCCGACGCCGCUCGUCGUCGCCGGCCCCCGCCUCGUCCCUACGCCCCGUCUCCGCCGGCGCCUCCUCGUCUCCUCCCCACGCCGGACCUCCUCGACCUCCUCCCCGACGGCCUCACCAAGCCACGCUGCGCCCCGUCGCAGCUCGCCGUCGUUGGUGCCACCUCGCCGGCGCCGCCUCCCCGCCGGACUGCGUCGUCCUCGCCCCCUUCGCGCUAGACUACCCCGUCCCCGCCUCUCCUUCACCGGUCCUCCCCGUGCCUCACCGCCCUCUUCUCAUCAACGGGGUGAGCUCCCCGUCGGGCCCCAUCCAUCUCCCCCUCCGAACGCUGCACCACACGCCGUCCCAUCGCCACGCCCGCCGCGGACCUCUGGCCGUGAACGGCUACGCCCAGCCGUGCGCGCGCCCUGGCUGCCCUGUGCGUGCCUUGGCCACGUGCCUUGCCUGCCUGUGCGGCGGCGCUGCCGAGCCCGGACCUGUUCCGACCGAACCCGUCGCCCCUCCCUCACCACGCCGUGCCGCCCCGCUCUGGCCACUGUCGCCGGCGCCGGGCCAUGCGCCGGCCCCCUUCACCCGCUGGCCGCAGCGCCCUGUCGGGCGGGCUGGUGCCCGUCGCCCGUAUGCCCCUCGCCCGUUCGGGCUGUGCCCGUAG